AUGUAUCACGCUGCCCUCGUGAUCCUGAAGACGCGCCAAGAGGACGGCACAUACAGAGUCCAACAGGUCGAGAACAAACGCUGCCUGUCGAUAUCAUCCUUUUCGCAGAGGAGGGAUAGACACCCGAUCAAUGUAACAAUUAACGAUGCCUUCCACAUAACCGGCUCAAUCGACCCCAUAACCUCGGAAACAAUCCUCGGCAUCGAAAUAAGCGGGACAGACCUUGGCGUCUUCCAUGGUAUGGCGAACCACGCGAUGGAGAUUGACCUGCAUUUGCAAGCCCUAAAGGGCAAGAUCACAUUUGAGCUGAAUGCGUGUGACGAGCUGUGGGUGCAUGUUGACACGGUUGCGUGUGGGAAGAACGAGCGGUUGUCCAAGUUCAACUGUAAGCGCUCCGAGCAGUUGAAGCGGUUCCCGGGCGUUGAUUCUGAGCCGUGGUUAUGA